GUUAUGAAUAGCACAGUUGUCACGAGAUAUUGACGCACCCUCCCCGUACUCCCCGCCACGGGGAAGAAUCUAUGCAUGACAUCUUUCGUAGGUGUGAUGCAUAUGCUCAUAUGGAUGUCCGUUCAUCAAGAGAACGCAUCCAAGCGGCCUGCAUGUGCGGCGGCGGGCCGCGACGUUUUAUAAAAGAAUUAAGCUGAGCAGAUCAUGGGAGCAAACAAGACACUACCGUCGCAAUGAUUCACUGGCGUAUCCUGUCAGUGGCUGCCGGGACACUUCUUUACGCAGUUACCAGUUGUCUCGGUGCUACGAACGUCGUUGUUAGUGGGACACCAAGCCAUGCUGUCCCGUCCACCCUAUACGGACAGAUGUUCGAGGACAUAAACAGUGGCGAUGGCGGUUUGUAUGGAGAGCUUCUGCAAAACAGGGCGUUCCAGCAAGUCACUCCAGGUACAACCGCCGCUCUGAAUGCGUGGCAUGCGGUGAACGGUGCUACCUUGAACGUCAUCGCGGAUUCCAAUCCUGUGUCAUCUUCUCUCCCUAAUUCCUUGCAAGUGUCCUUUCCAUCCGGAGAUAACGCCGUUGGAUUUAGUAACGAGGGCUUCUGGGGUAUCAAGGUCGACAGCUCAUGGACCUACACGGCAUCCCUUUACUACCGAUUCCCUACUUCUUCUUCUUUCUCGGGUAUUUUGACUCUUGGUUUGCAGAACUCUGCUGGCCAGACUGUUGCGUCCUCAUCUGUACCUAUCAGAGGUUCUCAAAGAACAUGGACUCAGGUCAAGGUCACUUUCAAGCCAAGCUCUUCUCAGUCCUCGACAAACAACAGAUUUGUUGUGACAAUAAACAAUACGAGUAGCAGUACACAAACUAUCAACUUUGCCAUGUUAUCGCUGUUCCCUCCUACCUUCAAGAACAGACCGAAUGGGAUGAGAGCUGAUAUUGCAGAGGCACUCGUCGAAAUGGGACCGUCGUUUUUCCGUUUCCCUGGUGGUAAUAAUCUUGGUCAAACUGUGGCUUCUCGCUGGCAAUGGAACGCGACGGUCGGGUCUCUUUUAGACCGACCAGGGCGUGUUGGUGACUGGGGCUACGUUAAUACUGACGGCUUGGGUCUUUUGGAGUAUCUUACCUUCUUCGAGGAUGCAGGCAUGGAACCCAUAAUGGCUGUUUGGAGUGGCUAUGCCCUUGGAGGCACCAACCUGCCAGAAAACCAGCUUGCUCCAUAUAUUCAACAAGCAAAGGAUCAGAUCAACUUUGUCAUAGGCGAUCCCAGCACCAGCGCACCAGCCGCUUUGAGGGCAUCGCUGGGCCAUCCUGAGCCGUUUGCAUUGAGAUACGUUGAGGUUGGAAACGAGGAUUUCUUCGCAGCUUCCACUUACCCUUACCGAUGGAAGGAUUUUGUAGGAAACCUCAGUGCAAUUUUCCCACAGCUUCGUUUUAUCGCGACCACGAAUACCUUCAAUCCCAUCAUAUCUCCCAACCCUCUUCAAUAUGACGUGCAUGUAUAUCAAACCCCCACUUGGUUUGCUCAAAACUCCUUCUUUUAUGACGGUUUCCAGCGAAACUCAACAACUUAUUUCGAGGGUGAAUACGCUGCUAUUUCCACUAACUCUAGUGACCUAUUCGGAUCACCUGCGACUGGAAGACUCCUCUUCCCCACUAUGCAAGGCUCUGCGGGCGAAGCGGCGUUCAUGACAGGACUAGAACGUAAUAGUGACAUCGUGUUCGCAGCUUCAUAUGCACCGCUCCUGCAGCAUGUCAAUGGCUCUCAGUGGACACCUAAUCUCGUCAGUUUUGACGCUGGUUCCGUUAUUCGGUCGACGAGUUUCUAUGUGCAGAAGCUGUUCAGCUUGAAUAAAGGCGAUGAUUACCUCCCAAGCACACUUCCGUCACGAACAGGGACUACGUUCUGGAGCGUAACACGUUCUCGAUCUUCCGGAAAUGUAAUCAUCAAGGUUGCCAAUACGGCCAGUGCAGUAUCCGAUCUUACCUUCCAAUUACCUUUCAACACGGUGGCAUCCUCAGGAAUGCUACAGCAAUUGCAUGGCGUACAGACGGCUAGCAACACCCCUGCACAACCCAAUGCUGUUGUUCCAACUACCAGCACCAUCGCGACGGGUAGAACCCUAAAUUUCUCUGCACCUGGGUUCAGUGUCAGUGUGAUCACGGUCAAAGCAUCCUAAGCUCUAUCUCUAUUAGGUUCCAAUGAGUAGGGUGAGAGGUGGGAUCAUCUGUAGGAAAGGACGGUGGCACCUGUGUACUACGAUAUGAAUGAUUACGAUACGUUGAUAAAUACGGCACUGCGAGGAGUGAGUGUAUCUCCAGAUCC